AUGUCUCCCAGGAUCAGCACAACCCCUGAGCGGGCUUCUCUUUCCAGACACACUUCCAUGGUUCACGGAAUGUCAAAUAUGGCCUCAAGAACACUCCAGGAUGAUGAAAUGUCGAGCCAUGACAACUCGUCAUUAUGCUCAAGUAUUGCCACAAGCCAUGGAAACCCCCAGGACAUGAAAGACUGGACUAUGAACACUACAGAAUCUCUUGAUCAGGCCAUCUCUACCAAGGAAUCUCCCCAGGUGCAAAUGCUUUCUUUCUCGCUGUCUCAACAGCUGAUGACCCCCACGGUCGGACCAAAUGAUGUUAUGUACACAGGCGUGGACUUCCCAGCAGUCCCAGAUCUACAUGAUCAUAAUGACCAUCCCCGGGAUUUUUACUCCUUCCUUGAUCUCUCUUCCAUGGAUAAUGAUGUCUGCGGUGUUCAGGCAGGCUCACCGGAUGAUGCCCUGUCUGUUGCACACAGCUCCCACACUGAUGAAGGUCACUAUAUGACAGGACCUGAAUCAUGGAAUGUUAUGAUGUCUGAUGGCCAAUACCCUGGAACAACCCUGGAUCAACUAUCAUCAAGUCUAUUCCAGACUGUGCCCGUUUCCCCACCUCUGACAGAAGCUAGCAAUGAUAUUCCCAUUACUUCUUCAUGUGCACACCCGGGAUUUCCUUCUUUCAUGCCUGCUGAUGACAGCCUCCUCGGAGAUUUCACAACAUCGCCCAUGGCAAACCAAGGAAUCAUUAGCCCAUCGGAGCCACUUUUCCCCAACACAUCAUCCACUCCUCUCAGUGAGAAGGACCCAAACAGGACCAUCAGACCCUCCAAGCCAGCCCGUCGGUCGACUUUACAUGGUGCUCAGUCCGAUGUUAAGGCCGAACAGGAUUUCUACCCAUCACUGUCCAUGAAUGAGCCAGCCCGCCGGAAUUCCAAGGAUGGAGUUGAAGCCCGCAACCCGCGAGAGCAUCAAUAUUAUUCCCUUGCCACUCACAGCGACGGAAAGUACUACUGCCCAUUUGCCAACGGAGACAAGCCAUGCAACCAUCCACCCACCACGCAAAAAUGCGCUUACCACAAGUACCUGGACUCCCACCUGAAGCCAUACCGCUGCAAGGUCCCAGCCUGCGUGGGUAACCAACUCCGUUUCUCUUCCAACGCAUGCCUAUUCCGCCACGAACGUGAAGCCCACGGAUUACACGGCCAUGGAGACAACCCCCACCUCUGCCUAUGGGAAGGAUGUGAGCGAUCCGUUCCCGGAUAUGGAUUCCCACGUAGAUGGAACCUAUACGACCACAUGCGUCGUGUCCACGACUACGUAUCCUCCGAGCGCCACAGUUCCCCAGAGACCUCCCCAUCGGCCACUUUCCCAACCAAGAAGAAGGAAGCCCCCGCCACCAACGGCCGCAAGAGAAGAAGCGUUACUGGACCUACCCCUGCCCCAACUAUGAAGCGCACCCGCUCCAUCCACAACCAGUCCACCCCCGUUAAGGCCACGCACACCUCCGCCCAGCAUGGACAACGUCUCCGCACAGCCGAGCACAACUACUACAAAUGCCGUAGCCGUCUGCUCGAGGAACUCGGCAACAUCAGUCCCCAGGAUACCUCAAUGCACGAGAAGGUCAAUGCUAGCCUCCAGGAACUCUUCACUCUAGGCCUGAACUACCGCCAGAUCGAUGCGAGCCAAGUCAUGCCUAACAUUCCCAACGGACUUCCCGCUUGA